AUGCCAGCAGUUCCGGCUCACAAUGUUAGGUUCGACUCUGCCGCUAAUGCGUACCUCAUGGAGUAUUGCGGCAUUCAUCCCCCGAACUCGCCGUACCACCCGCUUGUUGCCCACACGAGCACCAACUUCUACUCGUCCAUUGCGUAUCCCGCCGUGGCAGAGGUAGGUGUACGUGUGGCCAAGCUUGGCAACUCGAGCGUCACCUUUGAGCUAGCUGUAUUUGAAAAGGGAGUCGAGGGGGUGAAGGCUGUCUGUAGACCUUCAAAGACGGGAAUGGCCCCGGGGCUGAGGAGGGGGCUUGAGAAGUUAUACAAUGGGCAUGAGCAGUUAGGGUCAAAGAACAACAAGCCGACAUGUCACAUGAGGGCCUCAGCAAACUCUCGCCACUGCAGCCCCUCAACCUAUUCACGAAAGCCCAUCGAGAACCCCCUUCGCAACCAUCUAACCCCCAGGUCUACACUCGUCAGUCUGCUUCUGAUGCCAGAGUGGGUUAAAGCUACCAAGUUUCCGAGAUGGCUUGGAGCUGAAAAUGCGACAUGGGAAAGUGCUAUUUCCGGUACAGGCAGGGAGUGUGAAACGACGCUGCCCUCGCGAACUUGUGUUGACGUGGAAGAUGGAAACGGCUUUGGUCAAACGGCCAUGCCGCCGUGUAUCCACGAGACAUCCGCUCUGCCUAAAAAGACACUCGUAUCGCCGGUUUUUGGGGCAAACUUCUGCCGUAUUCCGCCUUGUCCGCGCAGAUUGGGCAAAGAAAAGUGCUAG